UUUGGACCCCUACAUGCGAGCUGCUGUCACCCUCUUGACAACUAACUAGUUACUAUUGCAGACGUCAGUGUGGCUGACUCGUGUCACCUGUCAACCGCGAAGGGCCUGGACCACAGCCCAAUCCUCCCAAAGCCGUUUUAUUUUUGUUAUUUGACCUUUAUUUAACUAGGCAAAGCAGUUAAGAACAAAUUCUUAUUGACAAUAACGGCCAAACCCCCAACCUGGAAGACGCUGGGCCAAUUCCUGUGCGCCGCAUUAUGGGACUCCCAAUCACGGCCGGUUGUGAUACAGCCUGGAAUCGAACCAGGCUCUGUUGUAACGGCUCUAGCGCUGAGAUGCAGUGCCUUUGACCGCUGCGUCUGUGCCACUCGGGAGCCAGUGAUAACAACACGAAGACUAUGUUCUUUGCAGUUGUUAGCCAGAUAGGUAUCGUGGUCUCCAGUGUGGUCCUGGUGUUGUCCCAGAAGGCCCUAUUCAAGUUCUACACGCUAUUCUUCGCUGUGCUCCUGGGAGUGGUGGCCGUUCUUAUCAACUACUACGCCAUAUCUCACAUAGACUUCUACAGCGCCUACUACAAAGCAGCGCUGGGCUUUAGAAUCGUACCACGAAAUGGGCCCACCCUGUGGUUGGGCAUGGCCGUGGUGCAACUCCUUUUCGGCAUGGGCUAUGUGGUGCUGCUAAACAUUCAGUCUGUGUUUGCUGCUCUUGUGGUCCUGGAUGUCAUGAUUCCGCUGUGGGGGCUCAUCAUUGAGCUUCCCGUGGACGUACGGCAACUGGUAGCGGUGGCCUCGGGCCUGGCUCUGGCUCUGAACACGGCUGUGUGCCUGGCCCUUAAGCUCAAGUGGUUCUACUACUCCUGCCGCUACGUCUACCUGCUGGUGCGCCACAUGUACCGCAUCUACGGGCUGCAGCUUCUAGUGGAGGACACCUGGAAGAGGAUCCGCUUCCCGGACGUGCUGCGUGUCUUCUGGCUCACACGCAUGACAGCGCAGGCCAUCAUCCUGGUCUACGUAGUCAAGGUGGUGCGGCACGAGAGCGGCGAACACAGCUACCUGACGUGGGACGUCUUCUGGGACCUGUUCAGCAACCUUAUCAUCAGCGGCUGCGACUCUACACUGACCGUGUUGGGCAUGAGUGCCGUCAUCUCGUCCAUCGCCCACUACCUGGGCCUCAGCAUCCUGGCAUUCAUCGGCUCCACCGAGGAAGAGGACAAGCGGCUGGGCUUCGUGGCGCCCGUUCUUUUCUUCAUCCUGGCCCUGCAAACGGGCCUGAGUGGUCUGGACCCUGAGGAACGGCUGGUGCGGCUCAGCCGCAACAUGUGCCUUCUGCUGACUGCCAUCCUCCACUUCAUCCAUGGCAUGACGGACCCCGUGCUCAUGUCGCUGAGUGCCUCGCACGUCUCCUCCUUCCGCCGCCACUUCCCGGUCCUGCUGGUGUCGCUCUGCCUCUUCCUGCUGCCUGUUGUGCUCAGCUACACCCUGUGGCACCGCUACGCCCUCAACACCUGGCUGUUCGCCGUCACGGCCUUCUGCGUGGAGCUCUGCCUCAAGGUGGUGGUGUCGCUGACGGUCUACGCCCUUUUUAUGGUGGAUGGCUACUACAACGUGCUGUGGGAGAAGCUGGACGACUACGUCUACUGCGUGCGCUCCACAGGCAACGUCAUCGAGUUUGUCUUUGGCGUCAUCAUGUUUGGAAACGGCGCCUACACCAUGAUGUUCGAGGCGGGCAGCAAGAUCCGCGCCUGCAUGAUGUGUCUCCACGCCUACUUCAACAUCUACCUGCAGGCCAAGAACGGCUGGAAGACCUUCAUCAACCGCCGUACGGCUGUCAAGAAGAUCAACUCCCUGCCGGAGGUGAAGGGUGGCCAGCUGCGCGACAUCGAGGACGUCUGCGCCAUAUGCUACCAGGAGUUUGCCACGUCGGCACGUAUCACGCCAUGCCAACACUACUUCCAUGCACUCUGCCUCCGUAAGUGGCUCUACAUCCAGGACACGUGUCCCAUGUGCCACCAGAAGGUGUACAUUGAGGAGGAGGCCCGGGACAGGGUGCCCUUCAACAACAACGGCUACGUGGCGCCAGGUGGGGACCUGGGCCAGUUUGCAGAGCCCGGCGGGGCAGAGGCUGCAGCAGCCGCAGGUGGGCCUGAGCAUGAGAAUGAACUACUGGAGGAUAAUGAUAGUAUUGAGUAUGACGAGGAUGAGUGGGGGACAGAGAACGGUGAAACGCCCAUAGAGGAAGACUAUAUUAAUGAUGACACAGACUCUAACGGGGACUGAUCAGCCCUAUAGAGAUAAAUAUAUUAUAUAUAUUUAAGUACAUUUUCUCAACAUCAGGGAUGUCACUCAUUUUCACUCUUAAGAUUUGUUUCCUUUUUUGUUUGUCUUUGGGUUAGCUCCUCCAAGGGCUUGCAGAGGUGUAGCUGCUAUGAUGUGUGCCUAGGUGGUUGGGUGUCCCAACAGGUGCAGUUCUGUGUGAGAGACCCACAUUCCUUGUGUUUUGUAGGGAUGCUGUUGGUCGUGUGUUUGCUGUUUUGCUGAAAGAAAGUAAGCAGGGAGCCGAGAGGGCCUCCAAGAGCUCCGGCGCCAAGAAGAGGUUUAAUUAAAACGUGAAGUUCUACUGUAAUCACAGAUAUACCUCUUAUUACUACUGGUCUCUUGUGUGACCUUGCUUAAAUUGUGUACGUUAUUGUACAUGUAAUAAAAAUACACUUUCCCUUAGAAAAGAGAAGGUUGUAUUCAAAUGAGUGUUUUGAGAGAUGCUACUUUACUCGACUUCAAGAGAUGUUUGAGUCUUACCUUGGAAAUGAAACCGCAACAUUGCACCAUGUUUUGCUCAGAUCAUGUGUUCAUUAAGAGAUCUCUGCACUUCAACUCACUUGGUUGAAAUAGUUUUGUUAGUGAUGCUUAUCCGCACUUUUGCAGUUUUUAGUUUUUAAAAGGGCAGUUGAUUUUACAUUCUUUAGAAAUGGCAACAGCUUCCAGAGCAACUAAAGAUUACAGUGUUAUCUUCAAUACAAUAGUAAUUAUUAUUAAUCAUGGUGAAUUGAAAUUACUGAAAGUAUCACUUGUCUUAAUCAGGAAUUGAGAGGCAUCUUAUUUAAUUGAAAAGCUGUGCUUUCAGUUUGUUUCAGCAAUGAAGGACUUUGAUUAUUGGUUUAGUUGUUUGCUUUUAAUGACAGGUAAAGCUGUUAAUUUAGCAUUUUGUAUUUAAAAAAAAGAUUCAUGUAAAUAAAAUCAUCUUUAAUAGUG